AUGUCGUCGUGGAAGACUAUUGAUUCAUCUACCAACAGCGACCACCUCCCCAUACUAUUCGUGGUCCCCUGCUCUGCCACGCGUAACUCCUCCUCUCGGAUCCUCAAUAACCGCCGACUGCAGAGUCAGAAGCUGGAUGCUCUUUUGGCCCAAUGUGAUAGCCUUUCUUCGGUAGACUGGGCAUCUCACACACUGUCCUCUGUCGCCCAGUCCUUGCAGCAGUCCUCCUUCUGCGUUACGAAGCGGACUACAUCCCCUUGUGCGCCUUGGUGGAACGACGACUGUGCAAGAGCGUAUAGGCGCCGCAAGGCGGCAUGGAAGCAAGUGCUUGCCAACACCUGCUAUGUGAACUGGAAGAACUACCAGUUUUGUAAAGCUCUCUUCAAGCGGUCUGUUGCUACAGCAAAGCGUGAGUUUUACUCUGGACGCAACACCUUCCUUUCUGCACCGAACCGUAGGAAAGCGCUUCAUAGGCAUAUUGCCUUGCUUCGCUCCUCUUCGUCUGCCGUCUCCACAGAUCUCACUGUCCUCUCGGACACUGAUUUUAAGGCGCGCCUUGAAGAAAUUGCCAAGGGUCUCUCAUUGCGUUUUUUCGACGCGAUGCCCCUCGGAUCAGCCCUUCCCUCUUCUUGUGUGGGCUAUCACGAUGUCUCUGCCGAUGAAUUGGAAUUUGUGGUGCAGUCCUUGCCCGGAACAGCCCCUGGACCUGAUGGAAUUUCUGCUGCCACAGUGAAAUCUCUGUGGGCCAACCACCGGCCGGCUUUACUGAAUCUUGUCAAUACAUCUCUUCAAUAUGCAUGGAUUCCCGCUACCUGGAAGGUGGCGCGCAUUGUCAUCGUUAAGAAAGCCCCUUCCAAUGGCCUUACGCUAGACAAUAUUAGGCCUAUCGCCUUAACAUCUGUGCUCUGUAAGACCGUUGAACGUAUCAUCAAUCGGCGACUUCUCUCCCAUGUGGUAUCCCGUGGCAUUCUCGCUGCCCACCAGAUAGGCUUUCGCCCUCAUUGCUCGAUAUGGCUCGCCCAUACGAACAUUGAGAGCCAGAUUCGCCUUGCAAAGGAGAUGAGACACCUUUCAGCACUUGUUGCCCUGGACAUCGCCAAAGCAUAUGACAGUGUCAUACAUGCUGUGCUCCUCCAGAGGCUGCUAGACACCGCCACUCCCCCGUAUCUGCUCACUUGGAUUGCGAACUUUCUCUCGGGUCGCACCUUUUUCUGUUCAGACGGCCGAUUUGUCUCCUCAGCGUACCCCCAGAGUAAAGGUGUCCCCCAGGGCUCGGUCCUGUCCCCCAUACUGUUUAACAUUCUCAUGAGCUCUCUCCCUUGUGACCCAGAAGUCCUCACUGUAACGUAUGCCGACGACAUCGCGUUCUUCGCUUCGGCACCAUCUUUGCCAGAGCUGUAUGCGAAGCUGCAAGCCUAUAUGAACACCUUGUCCACGUGGCUAGACUCUGUCCAUCUGUCGCUCAAUGUGGCUAAGUCUGCUAUUCUCGUCUUCCCGCUGGAUGCGGCCAUCUCUAUUGAUCUAAGGGUGGGGCUCCAGUCUGUCCGUCAGGUGAGCCAGCUUAAAUACCUGGGUGUGUGGUAUGACGAGGCUCUGUGCUGGUCCCAACACAUCGACUACCUGAGCGCUAAGGCGUCGAAAGCUCUCUGCAUACUUCAUCGUUGCUGCAGCCCUCGCAUUGGUAUGCGCAGGACUGCCCUCCUGUAUAUAUAUAAACUGUACAUCCGACCUAUAUUAGAGUUCGGCUGUGUUCUGUUUUCUUCUCUGCCUGACUGGCGCUUGAGUAAACUAUACAUCUUAGAGAGGCGGGCCUUGCGGCUCUGUUUAGGUCUCCCUAAAUAUACGGCAAACGACGCACUCCUCUCUGAAGCCCGCCUACCUUCACUGAAAGAACGCUUUCGGUCUCUUACUAUCUGUUGCUACCUCUCGCAAAGACAACACCCGAUUGCGUUGGAGAAUAACGAGUCGAUGAGAGACACUCGGCUUUGGCUAACGCGCCGUUGGCACCGUAGGAAUACACCACAGCUGCUUUUCGCCGAACAGCUCCUCGCGCCACUCAGGAUCUCUUUGGCCGAUGUAUGUGUACUUGGUCCUCACCGGGAUGCCGCCUUCAUUCAAGUCUCCGAGAUAUUUCAUGCGGAUGCCAAGCGGCUUCCACUGACCACUCUACAGAGGACAUUAACGGACCACCUAAAUCGCUACGCGCAGUACUUGAUUGUUGCAACGGACGCGUCGGUUUCUGCGGAGCGCGCUGGAGCUGGCUUGUACUUCCCACAACUUGAUUCCCAGUUUCCGGUUCGCCUCCCUGACUUUACCCCACCCUUUGACAGCGAGUUCUUAGCUAUGGCCCUUGCCCUUAGGAGGGUUCCUCCCGCCUUCGAACAAGUUAUCCUGCUGUCGGACUCCCUAUCUGUCAUUUCAGCCUUGGCGUCGCCGUCAGGCUUCCGGGCUCCCUCAGAGUCAUUGGUAUCCAUCUUGGCUCGGCUUGCCCCACCUCAUAUUCGCAACGUCAUAAUCACGUGGAUUCCUGGCCACUGCGGACUCACCUUUAACGAAAUCGCUGACACCCUCGCUAAAAUGUCCCUCUCCGGAGAGAUUCUUCCUCUCCUCCCAGUACUUGCUCGUACUUCUGUUGCCAGGUACAGACGGCUCACAAGUCUGUCUCGAGCUGCCCCCCCACGCCCGCCAUAUGAACACCUCGUCUUUUCGUGGAACCCUAACCUCUGCAGCUCAAGGCAGACAGAAGUCUUGGUGACGAGAGCUCGAUGCCUGGCGCUGCCGCUAAAUUUUUACCUCCACCGUGCUGGACGGUCUUUGUCCCCUGCUUGCUCCCACUGUGGCCAGGAUGAAACAACUGAACACUUCUUGCUAACCUGCUCUCAGCUCGGCCAAUUACGCCGCAGACAUAUCUGGACACCCUUACGCUUGUUAGGAGCCCCACUCUCAUUGGCGUCAGUGUUGUCUCUCGGAGCAUCACACACUGCGCUCUGUCAUAGGGCUGUGGUAGCGGGUCUUGCAUCCUACAUCGCGCUCUCCAACCGCUUCUAG